AUGGGCGAAUGGGACUUCCUGGGCUCGCUCUUCGACAGCCUCCAGGCCCACUCUCCUAUGCUGGGUCGUUUCUGGCUGCUUCUCAUGCUGGUCUUUCGCAUCCUGAUCCUGGGAACCGUGGCCAGCGACCUGUUUGAAGACGAGCAGGAGGAGUUUGCCUGCAACACCCUGCAACCUGGCUGCAAACAGGUCUGCUACGACAUGGCGUUCCCCAUCUCCCAGUACAGAUUCUGGGUUUUCCACAUCGUUCUCAUCGCCACACCGUCCUUGCUCUUCCUCAUGUACGCCAUGCACCAUCACAACAAGAGGAGCGGUACAUCCACGAGCAGCAGCAGCGACAACAGAGAGGAGGCCAGGAUAAGACGGUUUUAUUUGGUGAACGUCGCUUUCCGUCUUGCUGCUGAGGUUGGGUUUCUGUUCGGGCAAUGGGUGCUGUAUGGAUUCCGAGUGGAGGCCAGGUUCCCGUGCAGUCGCUUCCCCUGCCCUUACACGGUGGACUGCUUCACGUCGCGCCCGGCUGAAAAGACAGUCUUCUUGUGCUUUUACUUCGUGGUGGGGCUGGUGGCGGCGGUGUCCAGCUGUGCGGAGCUCGUCUACAGCUCCAUGAAGUGGUUCUGUGGGCCUGCAAACCCGGGAAAAGAGGACGCAAGUCUGAACGCGCAGGAUUUUGCAGAGAUGAUGAUCAUGGAGAAGCUUAAAGUGAACCUCCAGGACAGACGGCCACCUCUGAGGAGUCACAUCCCCAGAAAGGUCUCUCAGCAAAGCCACAAGACGAAAACACUCACAGUCUAA